CCAGUAAAGUCUGAAAAAGGGUAGAUUGGGAAGCUCUGGAGUUUGAGACUGUUUCUGGAACCUUCCACACCCUUCCUAUCUUUCCAGACACAUCUCGAGUCUUUUGCCCACCUCCUUCUCUCUCCUCAAAUCGCCAUUUUUACGAAUACCACCGCUGCUGCAACACCACCCAUAAACGCUACCAGACAUCUAUUUGUUCCACCAACUCCAAGCAGAUCUACAAGCUAGAACGAACCCUUACGAAACGCAUUCCUAGAAUCACAUAUCAGAAACCCAGAAGAAUAAGGAGAAGACCAGAGCAGCAGAAGAGAAGAUGGGCGUCGAUUAUUACAAGAUUUUACAGGUUGAUAGGAACGCCAAAGAUGACGAUCUCAAGAAAGCUUAUAGAAAGCUCGCUAUGAAGUGGCACCCUGAUAAAAAUCCUAACAACAAAAAAGAAGCUGAAACCAAGUUCAAACAGAUCUCCGAGGCUUAUGAGGUUCUCAGCGAUCCCCAGAAAAGAGCCAUAUAUGACCAGUAUGGCGAAGAGGGGCUUAAAGGUCAAGUGCCUCCACCCGGUGCUGGCGGUCCCGGUGGCGCUUCCUUCUUCCAUACUGGAGACGGCCCGAAUGUAUUCAGAUUUAAUCCGAGAAACGCGGAUGAUAUUUUCGCUGAGUUCUUCGGCUUCUCGAGCCCUUUCGGAGGUAUGGGAGGUGGCGGUGGAGGUACCAGGGGCGGUUCGAGGUUCCCGGGUGGCUUAUUUGGAGACGAUAUAUUUGCGUCAUUCGGUGAAGGGGCGUCCAUGAAUCAGGGUCCUCGUAAGGCAGCUCCAAUAGAGAAUUAUUUGCCAUGUAGCCUUGAGGAGCUUUACAAGGGAACUACUAAGAAGAUGAAGAUAUCAAGAGAGAUUUCUGAUAUAAGCGGGAAAAGUAUGCUUGUAGAAGAAAUUCUAACCAUUGACGUCAAGCCUGGCUGGAAGAAGGGCACAAAGAUCACCUUCCCAGAAAAAGGAAAUGAGCAGCCAAAUGUUAUCCCUGCAGAUCUUGUCUUCAUCAUUGAUGAGAAACCACAUAAUGUUUACACAAGGGACGGGAAUGACCUGGUUACAACACAGAAGAUAUCACUUGCUGAAGCCCUGACAGGUUACACUGUACAAUUAAAAACUCUUGAUGGCAGGACCCUGAGCAUCCCCAUUAACAACGUGAUUCAUCCAAAUUACGAGGAGAUAGUCCCUAGGGAAGGGAUGCCUCUACAGAAAGAUCCAUCAAAGAAAGGAAACUUGAGAAUCAAAUUCAAUAUCAAGUUUCCUACGAGGCUAACCUCAGAACAGAAGGCGGGAAUCAAGAGAUUGCUGGCUCCAUGAGUUGUGAAUCUGGCAACCUAGGUACAAGUCAUGUGAAUACAUUCGCAGAAGGCUUUGCUGAAUAUGUAAUUUGGUUGGGUUCAGUACAUUUGUAAUCUAUUUGAGUUAAUAAACUCAAAAUUUUGAUGGUCCAAUUAGACCAGUUUACAGUUAGGCAGUUGAUGGUUUUGAAGAUAAGGAGAGUACAAGAUUGUCUUGGUCUUGAAUAUACACGCAAUUCAUCCAA